AUGUUCAUGCUCAUGCGAACAGCCACCUAUGAACGCGACAUCGCCACUGCCAUGACAGAUCCACACAACAAACCUGGCGAUCUCUUUCAGAUGCACCAACCGAUCCCCGGCGCGCCAUCGCCCAUGCCGGCCAUGGUGUGCGUCAUGAUGGUAAGGGAGGCCCCUGAUGGCACGCUCGCCAACACCCAGCUGUCCAUUGGCGAACAACUCUCCAUGGCCUUCCAGCUCAUCUACGCCACCGCGUGUCUUGAAAGUCACAUCCAAGAGAUGGUGCACAUGCCACCAUUCAAAGAGAAGCGCAACAUGGUCUGGUGCAGUGACUGGCGCGCUGCCCUGUUCAAGCCUGAGGUGUUGGUUGGCGUGGUGCUGAUGGAUUGCAUGGACCACUGGGAUCUGAUCGAGGCCAAAGGAUUCUGUGGCAUGCUUGAGGCAUUGGAGCCAGGUCUGUGCACCAACACAUACCUGCCACCCACUGACAAGGACUAUUGCACCUGCAUACUUGUCCUGAGGACAUUGGCGCUGUCAGCCCUGGUGGAAAUGACCAUGGAUGACAGUGGUGAAGAGUUCAUCAAGUUCUUCCCUCACCUUCACAUGGCCGCUGAUUGGCCCAAUCUUCACACCAUUGUCAAGGGCAUGGAUCUGAUCAACACUGGCAUGAUCACUGACUCCAUCCAGCAUGUGGCAUUGCAUGCAUAUGACACCACCUACCUCGCCAACAUCAACACUGAAAACAACAACAAUUGA